CUGUGUUAGUUAGUUCGACUUGAACCGCGCGAGCGAGUGGACGUGGUGUGUACGGUCGGUCGCUGUACUUUUUUUUAUCGAUUUUGCGUUCUAACACAACUGCUGCUGGCCGCUGCCAUUGAUUAGAGAGCCAUUUUUGUGUGUUGACAGCAAGCCAAAGACAGUGCAGUGUGCGGAAUUCAUUAAAGAGCGCAUAGAAAAGUGGAUAUUUGUACGACUAUUGCGUGUGCGUAUGUGGCGCACACUCUAUUUGUUGUGUCUGGUCCAGUCGAAUGGCGGAAGCACAGCGCGGCAGAAUACGACGACAGUUUGAUCCGGAAGACGGAGCUGUCUAAAACGCGCUCUGCCCCGUAGCAAAUUACGUCACGCAAAAGCAGCUGCAAAAGAACAACAACAGUCGGGGCCAACAGCCGCCAGCGUCAGUACACCAGAAGUUUAACAAUCGCACAAUCAUCGCCAUUUGCUGAAUUGAUUUCCACCGCGUUUUGGAGCACACCGUCCGCGUCUGUGUGUGUGUGUGCGUCUAGAAAUGUCACGAUUAGAAAUGAUCCUUCGACACGUCGCCGUCACUGUUGCUGCUGCUGUGUGAUUAGAAAGCACAAGCGCUGUGCUGAUGCGAAUUCUGACAGCUGUGUGCGGGCGCGUUUGACAGCGCGCGAGUUUGUUUACACACACAUAGGAAAGAGGGGGAAACGAUAGCACCCCAACGGAGGCGGAGAAGGAGGAGGAAGUGCAUUUCACGUCACCAAAUCGACAUCAAACACAACAACAGCACAACAACAAACAGGGCACAAUCGAUUGCCAUCCACAAACACUGCCGCUGCUGCUGCAUUUGCGCAUUAUUUCCCGAGUCUCAGGAAGUCAAUUUCUGUUGUUUGCUGCAAAUAGCAGAAAAGGUGGUGAUAAUCGGCAGCAAAAACAACAGAGGGGAGGUUCACAUCAAAAAACGGGGAGGGAGGCUUAAGAUACAGUGUUUGAAAGUGUCUCACUAUCGCUGCGUGUGUAGUAGUAGUGUUUGAAGAAUAGCAGCAAAUUUACAAUCUCUCCCGCCUGUGUUGUGUCGAGCUUCUUUCAAGUGUGCCAUUCACAGAGUGUAUUAAAAAGUCAUAAAAAAUCUGCGUCACACGGAAAUAAUUUCAGUGCAUAUUACUUUACCACACAACCGAGAUUAUUACACAAGCAACGCCGCCACAAGGUCAAUGUGUUUUUGUUGGUGCGAAAUCGUCACAAAGAAAGCUCCUUCGAUCGAUUUAGGGAGGAAGAGCGUAGCAGUGUGAUUCCGUAUGUGUACGCAGCAUGGUUGGUACUGCCGCGAAUGUAAAUAAUAGUGUUGGUUGUGUGCGAAAAUAGCCAAAGGAGUUGAAGAAGAACGAAAAUAUCAAACACGUUGUUAUUGGUGAUUGUAUUGUAUCGGGAAAACGGUUCUGAUAGAAAAAAAGAAAGCGGCCACGAAUCAACUGCCAACAGAGAAAACAGCAGCGGCGCUUCACAACACAACAGACAUGGCGCCGAAAUCGAGGAAAAAGAAGGCAAAUGCGCGCGUACUGACCUGCUACUGCGAGGGCCACUGUCCGGGCAACGUGCAGAAUGGGACGUGCGAGACGCGCCCGGGCGGAUCCUGCUUCGUCUCGGUCGAGGCAGUGCUGGACGAGGAAACGAAACAGCUGGUCCCGGAGUACAGCCACGGCUGCAUGUCUCCCGAGCAGGGUGGUGGAUUGCUACAGUGCAAAGUGGGCACGGUAUCGCCGCAACUGCACGGCAAAAGUAUCGUCUGCUGCGACAAUGAGGACCUCUGCAACCAGGACCUGCAACCCCCGUACAGUCCGCGCACCACAACGACCCCGGAACCGCCGCUCGCCGACCCGAACAGCAUGCACCUGUUCGCACUGACCCUCUCCGUGUGUCUGUGUGUGGGCGGGCUGGUCGUGCUGCUCGGUGCGUUCUUCUGGGUGUACCGAAGGCGCGAGAAGCGAAAACCGGCCUACCUGAUGAACUCCCUGUACAACACCACGAACGGCCACAUGCCGAUCGCCGACCUGGUGGAGCAGACAAGCGGCAGCGGCUCGGGCCUCCCGCUGCUCGUCCAGCGCACGAUCGCGAAACAGAUCCAGAUGGUGCACUCGGUCGGCAAGGGCCGGUACGGCGAGGUGUGGCUAGCCAAGUGGCGCGACGAGAAGGUGGCGGUCAAGAUCUUCUUCACCACCGAGGAGUCGUCCUGGUUCCGGGAGACGGAAAUCUACCAAACCGUGCUGAUGCGCAACGAAAACAUACUCGGCUUCAUUGCGGCCGACAUCAAGGGGACGGGCUCGUGGACGCAGAUGCUGCUGAUUACGGACUAUCACGAGCUCGGCUCGCUGCACGACUACCUGCAGAAGCGCGUCCUCAACCCGCACAUGCUGAAAACGCUCGCCCACUCGCUCGCCUCCGGCGUGGCGCAUCUGCACACGGAAAUAUUCGGCACGCCGGGCAAACCGUCCAUAGCGCACCGGGACAUUAAGAGCAAAAACAUACUGGUGAAGCGGAACGGGCAGUGCGCGAUCGCCGACUUUGGGCUGGCGGUGAAGUACACGAGCGAGUCGGACACGAUACAGAUUGCGAACAACUCGCGCGUAGGCACCAGGCGCUACAUGGCGCCGGAGGUGCUGAGCGAAACGCUCGACCUGAACCUGUUCGAGGGCUUCAAAAUGGCGGACAUGUACUCGGUCGGGCUGGUGUUUUGGGAGAUGGCCCGCCGCUGCAUCACCACCGUCCGCGGGGCGAAAAAUACGACCACGUGCGAGGACUACGCGCUGCCGUACCAGGACGUGGUGCCGUCCGAUCCGAGCUUCGAGGACAUGUACGCGGUGGUGUGCGUGAAGGGUGUGCGGCCCCCGAUCCCGCAGCGGUGGCAGGACGAGGACAUACUCGUAGUAUUAUCGAAGAUCAUGCAGGAAUGCUGGCAUCCGAGCCCGGCGGUACGGUUAACCGCGCUGCGGGUGAAGAAAACGCUCGUCAAGCUCGAGACGGACUGUACGAUUAAGAUUGUGUAGGCGAGCGAGCGAGCGAGCGAGGGUUUAAACAGGAGCCGUUUUAAUUUAUUCGACGCGCCAUACGUCCGCCUUCCCUCCUCCCCGUCUUCUGCGGGGUUUGUUGUUGUGAGCCGUUUCGCCGCAUCUCGCGUACAUUUUGUAAAUAUAAUAUCUGUUGUGUCCUCUUCAUUGGGCGCUCCUGUUUCGAGAGUGUGUGGCUGAGGCGCGCAUCACCAUAGUAAUCAUGCUCCUUUUCCUUCACAACCCUCUUCGGGACAAUGGCGGGAGGACGGCUCACAACACAAUCGGCGGACUCUCUGUGUUUUUUUUUUGUAUUUGCCAUAAUUUAACGGUUAAGCAGUGUGUAGAACCCUUAAGGAUAGUGUUAGUGUUACUGCUAGUAGUGGUAGUCGUAGGGAAGCUGUAAGGACAUUCUAAUGUGCAUCAAAGUGGCAGCGCCUUUGCGUUACAAUUUUCUUCACCGAAAAUGACAUAACGUUUAGGUUCGGCUUUGACUGAAUGGAGAUGGGUUUCCACCUGCAGCGCAUGUAAAUUUAGUUGAGGAAAGGACGAUUUUAUCAGGAAAGGCUAAAAAACUGAACAUUUUGAAGAAAAAACCGAAACACACACACACGUUCACGGUAAGCAAUUGUUAAAUCAUAGGCACACACACACUAUUAACACGAACCGUGUAAGUGGGGAAUCGUUUCCCCAUUCCUAUCCUCUUCUUUCUAUUGCCUUUCCUCUUAGUGAAUGUUUUCUCAUUUUGGAGAAAACCCUUUCUUUCCGGAGUGUGUUUGCGUGCGUGCGUGUGCGUGUUCAUUUGUACAUAGUUAGUGUGAAAGGGAGAAAAAACACACGCUAGUAGCGACAAAUUCUAUUUCGUUGUAACGUUAAGAGUUCUUUUCGCUCUUCGUUUUUGCUAAGAGCGGUUCUAAUUUUUUUAAGUAAGAAAAAGUCGGUUAACAAAACAAACAAACAAACAAGCGAACAAUAGAUAAUUUUGCGAUGGCUAAGAUCGCAUGGGGGUUCCGUGUACAUUUGAUUGGAUUCGUUUUGUUUGUUUCUCUGUGGCCUUUCGGAGUGUAAUGUAAACGUGUAAAAUGAAACAUUUAUGUUUUUUUGUUUGUGCGUUAAAAAUAGUAGAGGAAAAACGUAACUGUGUAAAGUGCACGUUUACGAUGUGUUAGGCGUUUACUGUAGAAUGAAUGAAAUGUCGUUUAGGAAAGAGGUUAUGUUUUUCAUUCUGUUUAGGUACAAUAUUGUGUUGUAAGUAGGAUUUUAUUUCCAUCUUAAAAUGGCCUUAGUGUGUAGAGCAAUAAAACAAAAACUAUGAUUCGUACUUGCAAA